AUGAAUGACCUAAUGACCAAAUCCUUCAUGAGCUAUGUGGACCUAAAGAAAGAGGCCAUGAAAGAUCUUGAAGCUGGUCCUGACCAAGAUGUAGAAAUGGCAAAUGCAUCAAACACCAUGGACAGCAACCUUGGUCUGUUCCUUGAAGAAGCUGAGAAUGUCAAGAAAGAAAUGGGAUCGAUCCGUGAGAUUCUUGAUCAGCUGCAAGAAGCCAAAGAAGAAAGCAAGUCUUCACACAAACCAGAGGCCUUAAAAUCAAUUCGAAACAAAAUCAAUGCAGAUAUUGUUACUGUCCUGAAAAAGGCCAGAAGUAUCAAGUCCCAGCUUGAAGAAAUGGACCGUGCCAAUGUUGCUAAUAGGCGCCUUUCUGGGUAUAAGGAAGGAACUCCAAUUUAUAGAACAAGGGUUGCUGUUACCAAUGGCUUGCGAAAGAAAUUGAAGGAGCUGAUGAUGGAUUUUCAAGGUCUAAGGCAAAAAAUGAUGACAGAGUAUAAAGAUACUAUUGGUAGGAGAUACUACACUGUUACUGGAGAGUACCCAGAUGAGGAAAUCAUUGAUAAGAUCAUCUCUGAUGGUAACGGGGGUGAAGAGUUCUUGAAACGUGCAAUCCAGGAGCAUGGGAAAGGGAAGGUGUUGGAGACUGUGGUGGAAAUACAGGACAGGCAUGAUGCUGCCAAAGAGAUCGAAAAGAGCCUGUUGGAGCUGCACCAGGUGUUCUUGGACAUGGCAGUGAUGGUGGAGGCGCAAGGGGAGCAGAUGGAUGAUAUUGAGCAUCAUGUGUUGAAUGCUAGCCACUAUGUGAAGGAUGGUACCAAAAAGCUGAAUAGUGCUAAAGCUUACCAGAGGAGCAGCAGGAAGUGGAUGUGUAUUGGGAUCAUUCUUCUUUUGAUAAUCAUUCUAGUGAUUGUCAUACCUAUUGCUACUAGCUUUAGUCACUCUUGA